UUUAGGCUAACUUAAGUCAUGAAACUUCAUCAGGUUCUCCGCAAUGUUGACAAAUUCAGGUCCGUCUUCGACUUUGGUGGACGUGAAGUCGCUCACUGGUUCCCCGGACACAUGGCUAAAGGUCUAAGGCAGAUGAAAGCCAACCUUAAGAAUGUGGACUGCAUCAUAGAAAUCCACGAUGCAACAAAUCCCUUUGUCUGGAAGAAACCCUGUAUUUCAGGACACACUGAAUGUGAAACCACAUCUGCUCAUCCUCAACAAGAUGGACCUGGCGGAUCUGUCCAACAGGCAGAGAAUCUUAAAGAAGCUUGAAAAAGUCGGCAUGGGGAAUGUGCUCUUUACAGACUGUUUAAGACAGAGAGAUGAAAACAUCAAAAAGUUGCUGCCAAUGGUGCUGCAAAUCAUUGAGAACAAGCCACGCUUUAACAGAGAGGAGAGCUCAGAUUACUGUCUGAUGGUGAUUGGAGUGCCUAACGUUGGAAAGUCCUCGCUUAUUAACUCACUGAGGAGAACAAACUUGAAAAAAGGCCGUGCCUCUCGAGUUGGUGGGGAACCAGGAAUAACUAAGGCUGUCCUGACUAAAAUUCAGGUGUGUGAGAGACCUAUGAUGUACCUACUGGACACACCAGGGGUAUUACCACCAAAGAUUGAGAGUGUGGAAACGGGCAUGAAGCUGGCUUUAUGCGGAACAAUUCUGGACCAUUUAGUGGGUGAAGACAUUAUGGCUGACUACUUGCUCUACUCCCUAAACAGACUUGGGAAGUUCAGUUAUAUGGAGAAAUAUGACCUUCAAGCACCCAGUGAUGACAUCCACCAUGUCCUUAAACACAUUGCGGUAAAGCUUAGAAAAACUCAGCGGGUCAAAGCCUUCACUGGAUUGGGAAAUAUCACGGUCACCAUCCCAAACUACACAGCAGCAGCGUAUGAUUUCAUCAGGGCCUUCAGGAAAGGAGAGCUGGGACAAGUAAUGCUGGACUGA